GCUUUCACCUCAGAGAGAGACAGAGUGAGAGGGAGAGAGAGAGAGAAAAUAUGUUCCUGCGAGCGAUCGGACGGCCCUUAUUGGCCAGGGUGAAGCAGACGACGGGGAUCGUAGGGCUGGACGUGGUCCCCAAUGCGAGGGAGGUCCUAAUCGAGCUCUACUCCAAAACCCUAAAUGAGAUCCAGGCCGUCCCCGAGGACGAAGGCUACCGCAAGGCCGUCGAGAGCUUCACGCGCCACCGCCUCAACGUCUGCCGCGAAGAGGAGGACUGGGAGGCGAUCGAGAAGAAGCUCGGCUGCGGCCAGGUCGAGGAGCUCAUCGAGGAAGCGCGCGACGAGCUCACCCUCAUCGGCAAGAUGAUCGAGUGGGAUCCAUGGGGUGUUCCUGAUGAUUACGAAUGUGAGGUGAUCGAGAAUGAUGCUCCAGUUCCCAAGCAUGUUCCUCUGCACAGACCUGGUCCUCUUCCUGAGGAGUUUUACAAAACGCUGGACAGCCUUACUACAAACCAACCAAAAUUGGAUGACGCUAAAGUCGCCUCUAUUGGGUCGGAAGCAAAGGAGUAAACUAUCCGUCGGCAUAUGAAUCUAGGAUUCUGGAUUCUAGAUUUGAAUUGAAGUCUUUUUUUCUUGUAUUCUCCUGUUUAUUGUUGGUGACAGUUUUCCUGUUUGCAGGGCUGUAUAAAUUUUAAUCAUGGGAGGGACGCUUUAAUUUUUCAAUAAUCUACACUCGAGUGUUGGUACCA